UCUUAACAUAUUUUGUAAGUUACUUAUGAAUAUACUGAAAUGUUUUAAUCAAAAUGGUUUUUGAUAAAAUUGUUUCAUGUUAGAUUUUUAUAAUUCAGCUAAAAUAAGCGGAGUAUCUUUUGCAAAUUAUCAAAGUUAUUUCGCCAGCCACGCCUAAACUUCUCCCCUAUAAAGGGUUAUCCCCCUUUUCCCUCCUGCCCGAAUAUACAGUAACAUUUCUUAUAUGUAUGUAUAGUUGGUGCAACAUCUUUUCAUGUGUUUCUCAAUCCACAUCAAAAAAGUGUAUUUGUUGAUUAUGGUUGUGCUUACUAUUGACUACGAACUAUUAAUGGAAAAAUAAUGUUGAUCAUAGUGGAUUUGAAAUUUAAAUUGUAACCUAUUGGAUCUUUUGUUCGUAUUCAUAUAAUAUAUAUAUAUUUUCGGCAUGAUUACGAUAUCACACUCUACCAUAAUACAACUUUUACUGGCUUGAAAUUUAGCUUUGGCUUGUUCCGUAUAACGUUUAAAGACGCCACGCAGUCAGCUUAAUUUCUUUUUACCGUUACAUUGAAUUAUUGAACAAAAAUGUCUAGCGAAAGCGUAAAAACGUUUGCUAGUCUUGAGACUCCUGGAUAUGUAGGAUUUGCAAAUCUACCUAAUCAAGUACAUAGAAAAUCAGUGAAAAAAGGAUUUGAAUUUACACUUAUGGUGGUUGGAGAAUCUGGUCUAGGAAAAUCUACGCUAGUAAAUAGUUUGUUUCUUACUGAUUUAUAUCCGGAACGUGUAAUUCCUGAUGCUAUAGAGAAAACUAAUCAGACUGUGAAACUUGAUGCUUCCACUGUGGAAAUUGAAGAGAGGGGGGUAAAACUUAGGUUGACUGUUGUUGAUACUCCAGGUUACGGAGAUGCAAUUGAUAAUACAGAUAGUUUUAGAGCCAUAAUACAAUACAUUGAUGAUCAGUUCGAAAGAUUUUUACGUGAUGAAAGUGGUUUAAAUAGAAGGAAUAUAGUAGACAAUAGAAUACACUGUUGUUUUUAUUUCAUUUCACCAUUUGGUCAUGGAUUAAAACCUUUAGAUAUAGAAUUUAUGAAACAGCUUCAUAACAAAGUUAAUAUUGUACCAGUAAUUGCAAAGGCUGAUGUACUUACAAAAAAAGAAGUAUUACGCUUGAAGAAACGUGUUAUGGAAGAAAUUGAAGGCAGUGGAAUAAAGAUUUAUCCCCUACCAGAUUGUGAUAGCGAUGAGGAUGAAGAUUACAAAGAGCAAGUUCGACAGUUAAAAGAAGCAGUUCCAUUUGCCGUAUGCGGAGCAAAUACUUUAUUAGAAGUAAAAGGACGGAAAGUACGUGGACGAUUGUAUCCAUGGGGUGUAGUUGAAGUUGAAAACCCAGAUCAUUGUGAUUUUAUAAAGCUAAGAACAAUGUUAAUCACGCAUAUGCAGGAUUUACAAGAAGUAACUCAAGAAGUACAUUAUGAAAAUUAUCGCAGUGAAAGAUUAGCGAAAGGAGCUCCUGUACCACCUCGCAGACAAACCAUUGUUGAAUCUGAAAAAAGUAACUCUGUAUCAGAGAAAGAUCGUAUUUUGCAAGAAAAAGAAGCAGAAUUACGACGCAUGCAAGAACUUCUUGCGGUAAUGCAGGCACAAAUGCAACAGCAACAACCAUAACUACACAUGCCUUGUGCACAAAUGUGCGAGGAAAGCCAUUCUUCGCCAUUACAGGUGCCAAAAAAGUGUAUCAAAUAAUUGAUAUUAUUCGAGAUAAAAAUUUUUAAAACUUAUUUUUGACAAACGUAUUUAUAAGAAAUAAGUUUUUCUAUUCAGUAUUUUUCUUUUUUAUACUAAGUCAUAAACAUAAUUGUUCGUGUUCCAGUAUCUCAACGAAAUCAAAAAGUGACAUAAAAAUAUAUAAGUUUAUGAGUGUGUAAUACAUAAUAUGACUAUAGCUUAAAAAAUUAUUUAUAAUAAUACAACAUAGACAUAUGUGAUAA